AUGAAUAAAGCAGCCAUUACUACAGCACUGUUUGGUAUAGCUGUAGCAAUGCUGAUAUGUUUCAUUGUGGCUAUUCGUCUUAUUAUAGAAAUCAACCAGUUCUACGGCGAAGCGAUCUCACAACUGACAGAAUCCAAGGAAUUGGCUGAUUCUGCGUCGCAUAAAAUGGAAUCAUCAUUCAAAAAUGUAAGAGAAAAGCGAGAAACUUUUGAAAUAACUACUGACAAUACGUGCCGAUGCGAACUGACAGCCAUUAGCUGUCCAUCAGGUCCACCAGGUCCGCCAGGAAAACGUGGCAUCCCAGGAAUCCCAGGCUUACGAGGGCUGAAGGGAAAACGCGGUCGAGAUGGGCUUUUACUCAGCUUUGAAUUUUUGUCUUACAACUGUGUUCAGUGCCCGCUUGGACCACCUGGACCUAUGGGAUUUGAUGGGCCUAUUGGAUUGCCAGGAAUUGCUGGACUUCCAGGAACGAAUGGAAGGGAGGGAAAACCUGGUCUGCCUGGAUAUCCGGGAGUCAAGGGAGACAACGGAAUGGAAGGAGCAAAAGGAAGCCCUGGGUUGCCAGGCACGCCUGGCGCAGUUGGUCAACGAGGCGCUGGUACUCCUGGCCCUGGCGGGCCACCUGGACCACCAGGACUUCCCGGAGCACGUGGAAGGGAGGGUAACUUUGGUUGGUCUGCUUUACGUGGACCCCCUGGGCCUGUUGGACCUGCUGGAAGUCCCGGAAGACCUGGUGCUGAUGGGAACCCUGGAGCUAGUGGAAAACCUGGAGAGGCUGGAUACGAUGCUAUUUACUGUUCAUGUCCUCAACGCACAUCCAAGUACAAACAUUUAAAGAGAUUUUCUCGUUAUAAGGAUAUCGCAGUCAUUACUGUCACUAGAAGAAUCAAAGUGGAAGAUGCUGUUCCCUAUAAUAUAACAAGCCUAUCGCUUGGAUCAACCAAGUUAGAAACCUAG